UGCGCUGUCAUUAGCAUUCCUCGCUGGUCCUCAUACGGUUUCCCGAGGUUUUCUGGAGACCCAGUUGACGUGGAAAGGCGUAGUUUUGCAGCGUUACUUCAAGCCUGCCAAUUGAGUGCUGUAAAUUGUGUGCGAGUUUCGUUCUGAGGCUCGAGUGGGAGCACCCGGCGGUCUUCCAUUGAAAGUUUGUUCGGAACGUAACAAUGCGUCAGUGAGUGAUGGCACCUUCGCACCUUUGCGAGUAGACAGAGCGGAGAGCCAGAGGAUGAGGAGGGAGCAUAUGCGGCAGGGAGAGCAAGUUAACCAGUGUACGAGGUGCAGAGAGAUAGACAGAAUUCACCCGACGUUGGUUUGAAUGAGUGCUUAAGAGGAAGCGUGUAUAUGAGCCAGUGCGCUGAAGGGUUCUCACUGGCUUGUGGAGUAACCUUGGCUUCCAAAGUAUGAGGUCAAGUCAUGGUGUUUUUCUUCAGUGGAAUCGACAUUGAGAGGAUUCUCCUUGCACUCUCGAAACUGUAUUGCUACUAACCCGGUUUAAAUGCACCCACGCCGGCGAUGGAAAGGUACGAGACUUUGGUGUACGACACAGCCCUGAGCACCCUGGUGGCGGUGUUGAUUUACGUGCUGCUGAAGGUGAGCGUGGACGGGUACCGGCAGUGGAGAGCCCGGGCCAGGGUGCUAGUGGUGGGCUCGGGUCCGGUGGGGCUGACGGCGGCUCUGAUUGCUGCCCGCUCCGGCAAGGUGGAGCGCCUGGUACUGCUGGAGGAGCGCUGUCGCACCGCCCUCCUCUCCCGACCGCAGCAGAUCGCCCUGGACUCCCGCAGCGUCCGCUUCCUCCUGGGGCUCGGUGUGGACUUUGACAACAUGGAAGGGUGCUGGCACAACGAGCACUUCUUCACCAAAGUCGGGGUCUUCCAGGAAUACCUGCUCAGUCUACUCGAGAAAAGGAAGCAGGAGAUGAACAUUCAGAUUCUCCUCGGUACUAAGUUCACAGAAGAAUACUUAAAGAAGAUUCCAGCGAGCGAAUUUCCUCGGGUGAUUAUAAUUUGCGAUGGCUCUUGUGGCGAGUCGAGUUCUGUCCUUGGAAUCAGUUCGGACUACAUUGUGGAAUCGUGCAAUGCCUAUGGUGCUAACGCAGCCUUGGAAAGAGCGGACCAGCGUCAGGUUCCCACCCCGGAGAUCCGUGCUCACAGUUUAUACUUCGACCUUUCAGCCUACGGAGUGGAGUUUGCCUCUUCCAGCAAGGAAGGACAGGGCUCGCAGCCUUCUGCUUUGAAAUCGGGCUCCCACCUGAAGAUAUAUGGCACUUUUCGGAACCGUUACAUGGCGCUCGCCUGCCCGAUGUCUGACUCCAAGGUUGUCAAAUUCCUGCGUCACACUCCCAACUCAUCGAUAAUGAAGAAUAUAUUUCAUCAAUCCUUCAAUGCAUACAAAACGGACAUUGAACCCAGGGUGAAUGACCUGACGAUUCACCUUCUACAGUGCAGCCGAAGAUUAUUUGAAAUCAUGCUGUCACACAGGAGGGUCACGGCAGCUUACAUUGAAGGAGAUAAUGUUGUCGUCACCAUAGAAGGCGAAGCAGCUAGAGUCUUAAACUUUGAUACAGGUUGUGGAGUUAACCUUGGGCUGAAUGGCUUGGAGUACUUGGAGGAAUUUAUUUACAAGGUAGCAACGGCAGCUGACCAAAAUGAUGUUUUUGAAGCACUCUCUGGAAAAAUCCGACACUCUAAGCAGCUAGCGGAUGACUUCCGCCGGAAUGGCUUGACCGUGACCAUGUUUCAGUGAGACUGUAAGGAACGGUGUUUCUGAGGUUUGGAGAUGCGUUAGUCAUUCGGAUUGUGAACUCUGUCGCACGGGGCCCAUGAGUGGCAGAUAAAUAUCUUUCCUCUGCUCCUUGGAGUGAAGUGGUGGUUUGACAGAAAUGUAUGGGUGAACCUAAGGGAAACAUGACCAAGCCAAGAACGUAUCUGUGGGAAGCCUGAAGAACUAUUCAUGCCCACACUGUUACAUUAGGCUAUCAGUCACAGUAGCUUAAAUAUCCUGAAUAUGAAAUUUCUCACUGUUUACAUUAUAAUUCCAUUGUCAAUGAAAUAAAUAUCUCAACACAAGGAUCAGUACUUGGUCCAAUGCAAACAGAACUCUGCAGAUCAACAGUUGAAAGUCUCUCAUGAUGCUCAGUAUCUAGGUCAAUCAACAACGUUGCAUUAGCCACCACAAGUCCUUGUGUCCAUCUUGUAGGUUGGUCAGAAGAGUCCUUGAAGUAUCAGUUACUUAUUUCAAAGUUCUGUUGUGUAUCUAAAAAAACAAAUUUAUUGAAUAACUAGAAAACCUGAUAAAUGAACAUAUGGGUUUACGAUACAAACACUUGAUUGCAGGGUUUUGCUGCUGGGGUACAUUAAAAGCUCAGUAGACUCUGGGCAAAGUCCAUGAU